AUGGACGAUUCACCUCGUUUCGAUCCAUCGUUCCAAUGGGAACCAUCCUCUCCAAUUCCAAACUUUCAACCACCGAUUUUAUCAUCAUCCUCGUUAUUAUCACCACUACCCUUCGUCGCGAACCGCCCCUUUACACCACCAACAUCAGCCAUAACCACUUUCUUUGCUCCUUCACAUAUAUCGCCACCUCCUCCACCAGCGCCACAAUCAACCAUAACCACCUUUUCUGCUCCUUUACAGAUGCCGCAACCACCAUUAGAAAUGUCAACUUUCUUUGCUCCCUUACGUCCAUCAGCACCACCAUCAAUCAUUACCACCACCUUCGCUCCUUCACAAAGGUAUGCACCACCGCCGACAACCACCUUCUUUCCUCCUUCGAAAACGUCGACACCACCACUCUCCACCACCGACUCUCAUCGUCUUGUUGCACCAUCAUCCGUCCAACCCGCCCAAACACCACCACAACCAUCACCUCCGACUACAACGACAAAAACCACCACCAGGAAAAGGAGUCGGAAGUUCAAAGACAAGAAGAUUGACGACCGUGGGCUGCGUAUCAGGUUGCCGGCACCCUGUGCCGCAAGAUUAUUCAAGCUCACAAACGAGUUACACUUUAAAACUCAUGGACAAACCGUACGAUGGCUUCUCCAGCAAUCUGAAAACGCCAUCAUAGCUGCUACGGGUACCGGCACUGUUCCCGCCGGCUUCUCUAGCAUUAGCGAAUCCAUUACCAAAAACCACCACCAAACACCGAUCUCGGGCCCAGUCAUGAUGAAUAGCACCGGCUACAUCCCUCAAAGUGUAUCGCCUAACAUUAUCAUGCGGCAAGCACAACUGCAGCAGGUGGUUACCGAGGUCGAACCAUCAGCAACGACGGUGAAUUACGGCUACCCCCAGGUGCCGUAUAACUAUGGCUGA